CGCGCUGGAGUUGGGAGAACCCAUCCUGACCAUGAAGGGCGGCAAAGGCAUCGAGAACCCGGCUUUCGUCGCCUCCAGCCCAGACACCCCGCACCGUUUGUUUGCAUCGCCCUCUCACGUCGAGGUCUGUGACUUGUCCGCCAAUACCCAGAGACAGAAUUCGCAGCCACAGGAACCUCAGAAGCCCCAGAAGUCACCGGAGCCACCCCGGCCUUCGGCGGAUCCCGCUGUCUCCCAAGAGCUGUCCGUUCCAGAGCCGCUGAACGAGUUUGAGGAGGGACCCUGUGGGUGUGGGAACUUACAACCGCGGAGUCUCCAGCGCUGCAACACGCCCCAGGGCUUUCUGCUUUACUACUGCCUUUUGGCCCUCACGCAAGGUAUUAUAGUAAAUGGCCUCGUAAAUAUUAGCAUUUCCACUAUUGAGAAGCGCUAUGAAAUGAAGAGUUCUCUGACGGGCCUGAUAUCAUCAAGCUAUGAUAUCUCCUUCUGUUUGUUAUCUUUAUUUGUGUCAUUCUUUGGUGAAAGAGGCCACAAACCAAGAUGGCUUGCAUUUGCAUCCUUUAUGAUAGGACUGGGAGCACUUGUAUUUUCAAUGCCAAAAUUUUUUGGUGGAAAAUACCAGUUGGGGUCCUUUUUUGAAGAUACUUGCAUAACAACAAGGAAUAGAACCAAUUGUGCCUCUUCAAGUUCUUCACUUUCUAACUACUUGUAUGUCUUCAUCUUGGGACAACUAUUGCUGGGAACAGGAGGAACUCCUCUCUAUACCCUGGGAACAGCCUUUAUUGAUGAUUCUGUUCCCACACACAAAUCUUCUCUGUACAUUGGAAUUGGCUAUUCUAUGUCAAUAUUAGGCCCUGCUGUUGGCUAUGUAUUGGGAGGACAGCUGCUAACCUUGUACAUUGAUGUGGAUUUGGGACAAAGCAUAGCUAUCACUGAAGAUGAUCCACGAUGGCUGGGGGCGUGGUGGAUUGGAUUUCUUCUGUGUUGGCUCUUUGCUUGGUCUUUGAUAAUACCUUUCUUAUGCUUUCCAAAACAUUUACCAGGUACAGCAAAAAUCCAUAGUGAAAGAACUUGCCAGACUCAUCAGGAAAAGCAUAGCUCCUUAAAACACACAGAGGAGAAUUUUGGAACAAGUUUGAAAGAUUUUCCAGCUGCUCUAAAGAAUUUGAUGCGGAAUACUGUCUUUAUGUGUUUAGUUCUUUCAACUGCUUCAGAAGCCUUAAUUACUACUGGGUUUGCUACAUUUUUACCUAAAUUUAUAGAAAAUCAAUUUGGAUUGUCUUCCAGCUUUGCAGCCACGCUUGCAGGGGCUGUUUUAAUUCCUGGAGCUGCUCUUGGUCAGAUUUUAGGUGGUGUCCUUGUUUCAAAACUCAAAAUGACAUGUAAAAACUCUAUGAAGUUUGCUUUGCUCACAUCUUUAGUUGCGUUUGCACUGAGUUUUGUAUUUGUUUAUGCCAACUGUGAAAAUGAGCCACUUGCCGGUGUGUCUGAAUUGUAUAAUGGGACAGGAAAACUGGGAAACUUGACCGCUCCUUGUAAUGCCAAUUGUAACUGCUUGCGAUCAUAUUAUUAUCCUGUCUGUGGAGGAGAUGGAAUCCAGUAUUUUUCUCCCUGCUUUGCAGGUUGUAGAAAUUAUAUUUCAAAAAGACAUCUGAAGGUAUAUUACAACUGUUCCUGUAUUGAAAGGAAUAUAGAAAUGACACCUACUUUGGCAAAUUUUGAUUUUGAAGCUAAAGCUGGAAAAUGUGAAAAUCGAUGUGCAAAGUUGCCCGUUUUUCUUGGCAUUUUGUUUGCUACAAUUAUCUUUACAUUUAUGGCUGGUACUCCUAUAACUGUGUCCAUCCUAAGGUGUGUUCAUCACAGGCAGCGGUCCCUAGCAUUGGGAAUACAGUUUAUGCUGCUUCGAUUAUUAGGCACAAUACCUGGACCAAUUAUAUUUGGUGUCACAAUAGACAGCACAUGUAUUUUGUGGGAUAUUAAUGAAUGUGGAGCUAAAGGAGCUUGCUGGAUUUAUAAUAACAUCAAGAUGGCCCAUAUGCUAGUAGCCAUAAUUUUACACCACCAGCUCACUGACCAGAGCGAGUGCCGGGGAAAACCUAUGAGAUAAGAUUGAUGGUUUUGAAUAUUUUUAAAAAUAAUUUUAUUAAGCAUUAGUGUGACAAAGUAAAAAUUGCACUGGGCAACAUUAAACAGGAAAGGAAGACUUUAUUCCAGUUGAGAGACCAGAACUCAGUCUGAACUCAGCUCUGCAGAAACAAAAGGCAGUAUGGUUUUUAAAAGAUGGGGUGAGAGAAAGAUAAUAGGCCAUCUGUGUUUGCCAACUGGCUUUCACCAAAGGAAAAGUAAACUUUCUCUCUCUCUUUUUUCUUAAAUUGAAGUAUAGUUGACUUACAAUGUCAGACUAGUUUCUUAUUUUCACCAUAGUGAUUGGACAAUUCUAUUAAGUUAUGCUCACUGGGAUAAGUGUAGUCAUCCUCU